AUGACUUCUAGCUUGCCAGCGAACAAGACCAGCUCUUUGGACCCCAAGAGUUGCAAGCGCAACUUGCUGGAAGAAAGCGAUUCGGAUUCCGAUGACGGCGGCACUCCUCUAGAAUCUGGCGACUUCAAAGUCAACCAAGAGUACGCCCGCCGCUACGAGUUCAACAAGAAACGCGAAGAGCGUCACAAGUUGGAGGAAAAGUUCAAGACGAGCGGCAAGUUCCGGGACGGGGGCCAUAAGGAUGACAAAGAUGACGAUUCGUCGUCCUCCGACGAGACCGAAGACGAAGACGGAUUUCUGGCGACGGAGGAUUUGGAUGCUCAGAUAUCGGCUACCCUGGAAGCCAUUCGAAACAAAGACCCCCGGCUAUACGACAGUAAACACAAAUUUAUCGACAUGCCCAACCAAGACACGGCUGCCAAGGAACAAAAGGACAAGCCCGUGUUUCUUCGGGAUUACCACAGAGAAAACUUGCUGCGAGGGGUUGCUGGGACCUCUGUCGACGAGGAGCAUGCUGUGCCGCAGACCUAUUCCCAGGAGCAGGAUGCGCUGAAAAAAUCCAUCAUGUCAGAGAUCAACGCUGUCGAAGCCGGGGACGGAUCCGACGAGUCCGACGACGACGACGACGACGGUGGUUUCAUGGCCAAGAAAAAAUCCAACCAUGCCAAAACGCAGGACAAUGGCGUCCACCCGUCAAGGGCUGCCGCUCUGAAAAUCUCCGAACUGGACGUUGAAAACGCCGAUAAAGACCCAGAGACGUUCUUGUCGAAUUUCCUUUCUUCCAGGGCCUGGAUCCCCGAGGAAGGCGGAAAGUGGAAAGCCUUUGAAUCCGACGACGGCGAUGACGAUGCGGACGAUCAUGCCGAGGAGUUUGAGCAAGCUUACAACUUGCGGUUCGAGCAUCCCGAAAAGAGCAACCAGGUGUUGAAGUCGUAUGCUCGUGACUUUGCCGCCGCACGAUCCGUCAGACGAGAGGACAAGUCGAGCAGGCAACGGCAACGAGAACAGGAGCGCCAGCGAAAAGACGAGGAGAAGCGCCAAAGGCGCGAAGAGAGGGCUAGGUUGCGAAAGCUCAAACUCGAGGAAACUGAAGAGAGGCUCCGCAAAGUCAAGCAAGCCGCCGGUGCGGUCGGCAAGAACUUGACAGAAGACGAGUGGAUCGCGUUUCUCGACGACGCCUGGGACAACGACAAAUGGGAGGGGGAGAUGAGGAGACGGUUCGGCGACGAAUACUAUGCUCUGGAGGAUGAUGAUGAUGCCGCCUCUGCAUCGGACGACGGAAACGAGCAGGGCGAUGGAGAGGAGAACAACAAGAAGAAGAAGAAGAAACACCCAAAGAAACCCAAGUGGGAGGACGACAUUGACAUAAAGGACCUGAUUCCAGAUUUUGAAGACGACGCAACCACGCCAGGAGCCAAGCUGUCCGAGAAUGAGGGCGACGGGGAUGGCGACGGCGAAGACGGCGAAGACGGCGACGACCACGCCGACGACGCACCCGCCCCCAAGAAACGCAAGACGUCCGAGCACAAGCGCAUCCGUCUCGAGGGCCAGAAGCAAGCCCGCCAGCAGCGCAGCAAGCUCGAGGCCCUCGUCGACUCCAAGCUCGAGCUCACCAACCACCAUCUGCUCAAGCCCCAGCCGGAGGUGGCGUUUCGCUACCGCGAAACCUCGCCCCAGUCGUUUGGCAUGACGGCCCGGGACAUCCUCCUCGCCCCGUCGGACAAGUCCCUCAACGACUUCUUCGGCCUCAAGAAGCUCGCGACGUUCCGGGACCCGGAAAAGAAGCGCCGCGACAAGAAGCGUCUGGGCAAAAAGGCCCGCCUCAGGGAGUGGCGCAGAGGGACCUUUGGCAAGGACUAUGAGCGGGACGGCCCGACGUACGGCUUCGAAAGGCUCCUCGAGGACCAGGACGGCGCGGCGGUGCAUGACCCCCCGCCACCGCCGGCUGGGUCUAAUGAUGCAUCGGGAGACGCUGUCGGCGAUGCGGGCGGCAGCAAGAAGAAGAGAAAGAGAUCCAAGGCUAAAAAGGAAUAA